CCACUGGGCUCGCCCGAUUGGCUCGAUCAUCGUAUCGGUAGUUGCAAACUCGUCGUUCUAAAAGAAUCAGACGUUCAGCCAAUGUCCUCACACCGUGAAGACCACGCAGAUUCAUUAGAAAAGACUGGGAACGAGUCUCACCCCGUUUUACGAAAACGAUGUAUGCCUACAGUAUGUGUGAGAAUGACAUCGUCACCAGACCGACAUCCAGUAUUUCCAAGUUCAGUAAGGGAUUGCGCCGAUUGGCAGGCAGAUGGUAUGACUGUCAGUGGAAUCUAUGGCAUUUAUCUUGAAAGAAGUGGAUGGUUCAUCGACGCUUACUGCGACAUGGACACAGCUGGCGGUGGAUGGACAGUCAUUCAAAGAAGAAUGGAUGGUACUGUUGAUUUCGAUAAAACGUGGGCACAGUACAAGAAGGGCUUUGGGAGCGUUUCAGCAGAACAUUGGCUUGGAAACGAUAACAUUCACUUCCUGACCAGCCAGAAGACCUAUCAGCUUCGAAUCGAUCUUGUAGAUUUCUAUGGGAACACAAGUAACGCAACUUACAACCCUUUUAGUGUCGGCAACGAGUCAGUGAAUUAUGAACUGGAGAUCGGGUCUUAUUCAGGAAGCGCAGGUAGGCCUUUUUUGGGAUUGUAGCGUCCUUGAAGAAUUGUUUGGAGCUUUAAGAACACAGUUAAU